AUGACCGGCGGUGGAGGCAGAUGUCAGAGGAGAAGGAAAACCAUGGCUGGUGGUAGGGGUGCCCAAGCCACCACCGAAUCGAAAAAACAAGGUAGUAAUAAUUGCCCUAAUUUGAUACCUGAAUUUACCGAAAAGCCCUCGAGUUCCAAGAAAAUUAGGAAACUACCCCCGUCUCCCACAAUUGAGUCAGAUUUCUACACUCAAGCUCUUAAAGCUCUCUCCUUCCGCUCUCCCUUUGAUUCUGAAGACUCUCAGGCCCCUUCAGCUUCUAUAUCGGGUGCUUAUAAUCUUCCCAGUGGGGUGUCUUAUUUCUUAAACAGACACUCGGAUAGUCGGAAAAGGCAAAAGAAGUCGCAUUUGGGUUCAGAGAAGAAGUCGUCGGUCUCGGGGCGGCCUCGUGGAGGUAACAUUUGGGUUGAGACCGAGGAGUAUUUUCGUGAACUGAAUGUGGAGGACAUUGAGAGGCUCCACAAGGUCUCAAAUGUCAGGUUCUCUGGUGACGAGAAGUUCUUCUUUGUCCCUUCUUUGUAUAAUAGUGAAAAAUUGCUCACUCGAUAUGAAGUUUACAACAACAUGCUUGCAAGUGCUUGUCAAAAUGAUAGUUCUAAUUCACCAAAUGGAUUUGAAAUGGAUCGUUAUGGUAAGGAUGAGGUUGAUGGAAUGGCGAAAGCAGAGAAUGAUUCGAAUAUUAUGGACGUGGAUAGUUUGGGUGGAGAAAAUACAGAGUCGGCUACUAAAGAAGAAAAAUAUGUAGGGAAGUUAGACAAUGGUGAAAAGGAUUUUUCAUCUUUUAGUGGAAUAGAAUGGCUUUUAGGAUGUAGGAGUAAGGUUUAUUUGGCUUCGGAGUUUCCCUCCAAGAAACGGAAGCUUUUAGGCAGAGAUGCAGGGUUGGAGAAGCUUCUCGUGGCUCAUCCAAUUGAAGGGUCUGAUUCGUUAUGUCAUUACUGUAGUUUUGGUGACACAGGCAACCAGUUGAAUCGCUUGAUUAAGUGCAGCUCUUGUGCCAUGGUGGUCCAUCAGAGGUGUUAUGGAGUUCAGGAGGACGUUGAUAGUUCUUGGUUGUGUGCAUGGUGUAAGCGGAAGAAUGAUGUUGGGUUCAAUAGUGAGAGGCCGUGUUUGCUUUGUCCAAAGGCAGGUGGUGCUUUGAAGCCUGUGCAAAAAAGGGGCUUCUCUAUCGAGAACGAGGGGUCUAAGUUUCAGUUUGCUCACUUGUUUUGUUGCCAGUGGAUACCUGACUUAUAUUUGGAGAACACUAGGACAAUGGAGCCAAUAAUGAAUCUUGGUGAAUUGAAGGAAACUCGAAGGAAGUUAAUUUGUUAUUUGUGCAAGGAUAAGUGUGGUGCCUGUGUUCGAUGCAGUAAUGGAGCUUGUAGAACUUCUUUCCAUCCUAUAUGUGCAAGGGAGGCAAGACACAGAAUGGAGAUAUGGGGUAAACUUGGAUUUGAUGAGGUUGAAUUGCGUGCAUAUUGCUCGAAACAUUCAGAAGUCCAGAAUAACAGUGACGCUAAACUGACUGGAGAUAUGUCGUUAGCAGUUGAUUCUGUUUCUAAUGUCAUGCAUCAACAGAUGGCAUCAAUGGCAAACAAGCCUUGCAAGUUACAAAUUGACCAAAGUAAUGAUUAUAAAUUGGGUGUUCACAUUAAAACAACUGAUGCGGAUCGAAGCAAGCUGGAUGGUAAUAUAUUGCAUGAACAAUUGUUACAUAAUAAGUCAAAUGCCAAAUCUCAGCCGGAAAGUGGUGAUGCACAGCACCCUGUAGAUAAUGAUGCAUUGGAUAGGAACAACAACAAAGAUGUCAAUGCUUGCGAUUCUAUGAAUUUUAUCAGGAUACUGAAGAAGUUAAUUGAUCUGGGCAAAGUUGAUAUAAGAAACGUGGCUUCAGAGAUUGGUGUUUCACUUGAUUUACUGAGCAAAAUAUUCAUCGAUAAUCAUAUGGUUCCUGAGUUGCAAUGUAAAAUAAUGAAUUGGUUGAGAAAUCGUGCCUAUAUUAGCAGCUUUCAGAAAACUCUGAAAGUCAAAAUGCGAGCUGGAGUACCUCCAAAAGAUGAGGCAAAUGUAGCUGAUGGUGUAGGUGCUGUUUUGGUGGAGGAGUCUGAUAUCUCUGAUGUUGUCCCUGUUAAAUCUGUUCCAUCUCGAAGAAGAACAAAAAGCAACGUACGGAUUGUGAAAGAUGAGAAUUUAAGCUUUUCUAAGGAAAAGAUUAAUGACGAUGAAAUGAUGAAAACUGAAGUUGAAAAUCGCCUUCUUGACGGGGAAGACUCAAAUGGUCCAGGCGGGGAGUAUGUUCCUGAUGGAACCAAGAAGAUCAUGGUUAAUCUGGUGCAGCAUCAAGAUAAUCCCGCAAACGGUUCUCUUAAAAUUGAAGAUGAGCCGUUAAAAGCUUUGACCCAAAGUCUUACUGAUGAUUGUCAAGUUGGGGUUGCCACAGCAACUGAGCAGAAUACUCUUGCGAAUUCUGUCAUGGAGAAUAAUCAUUCACUCUUGCCGAUAAAUUGCGAAGCCAUGUCCAAUUCUUACAUACACCCAUUUAUAUACAGCAAAUUGAUGCAAAUAAAAUAUGGUGUGCCAUCCCAAACUUCAUGUCAUGAGUCUGAUUGUUUAGGAGAGAGAGCAGUUUCACUGUUAGAAGCAUUGUCUAGUUCAGGCCUUUGUUGUAAUAAUCACAAACGCCAAUCAACUUCUGGUGAUCAGACUAUCAAGUGCGAUGGAGUAAAUCUUGAUCUGUUGGUCAAGGCGAGAAAUGUGGGUCUCUUAAAACUGUCUCCAGAAGAUGAAGUGGAAGGAGAACUUAUCUAUUAUCAGCACAGACUGCUUUGUAAUGCUGUUGCCAGGAAACACUUUAGUGAUGAUUUGAUACGUAAGGUUGUUAGGAGUCUUCCACAGGAGAUUGAUGUGUCAGGAAAACAAAAAUGGGAUGAUGUGUGUGUUAGUCAGUAUCGCUAUGAGCUUAGGGAAGCAAAAAAGCAGGGAAGAAAAGAAAGGCGGCACAAGGAAGCUCAGGCCGUAUUGGCUGCUGCAACAGCUGCAGCUGCAGCUUCCUCUAGGCUAUCAUCAAUUAGGAAAGACGCCCUUGAAGAACCUGCACUCCAGCAGGAUCUUCGAAAGAUGAGUGCAUCUGAUGGAAGGUCCAUGUCAUACUCUCAGCAGAAUCCUCUAGUGAAAGAUAUUUUUUCAAGAUCCGCUGUUGCAAGGCCAUCGUCAGAUACAAACUCUGAUUUUUUCCAGUUAGCUCCAGAUUAUUCCAGAGAACAUCCUCGGACAUGUGACAUCUGCAGUCGGUCCGAGACAUUUCACAAUCCAAUUUUAGUCUGUUCAAAAUGCAAGGUUGCAGUUCACUUAGAUUGUUAUUGUAGUAUCAACAGCUCAAUGAGACCAUGGCAUUGUGAAUUAUGUGAAAACUUGUUUUCUUCUCAAAGCUCUGGUCCUCCAGCUACUAAUUCCUGGGAGAAGCCUUAUUUUGUUGCAGAAUGUGGUUUAUGUGGUGGGACUGCAGGUGCUUUUAGAAAGUCAGUUGAUGGUCAAUGGAUUCAUGCAUUCUGUGCAGAAUGGGUGUUAGAUUCAACAUUUAGAAGGGGUCAAAUAAAUCCUAUUGAGGGAGUGGAAACAGUGUGCAAGGGAAGUGACCUGUGCAUUGUGUGCCUCCGGAAACAUGGUGUCUGCCUAAAGUGUAGUUACGGUCACUGUCAGAGUACAUUCCAUCCUACUUGUGCUAGAAGUGCUGGUUUCUACAUGAAUGUGAGGACUGAUGGAAGCAAGUUGCAGCACAAGGCUUAUUGUGAAAAACAUAGCAUAGAACAGAGAUCGAAGGCUGACAUUCAGAGGUGUGGAUUUGAAGAAUUCAAGGGUCUUAAACAAAUCAGGGUUGAAUUGGAAAGACUGCGUCUUCUGUGUGAAAGAAUUGUCAAACGAGAGAAAUUGAAACGUGAAUUGGCUCUUUGUUCACAUGGUAUUCUUGCUUCAAGUCGAGACUCUGUUUUGUCUGCUUUGGCUCAUCAUCCUUUUUAUCAACCUGAUGUUAGUUCAGAAUCAGCUACAACCUCAAUCAAGGGUUAUACCGAUGACUACAAACCAGGAAGUGAAACUGUGCAAAUAGCAGAUGACGUGACAGUAGAUAGUACAACUACAGGUAAAAGGCGGAUUAAGCUUCCCAUGUCCAUGGACAAUGACCAAAAAACUGAUGACAGUUCUACAUUCCAAAACCUUUCAACCCUAAAACCUAUUGAGAGGAUUUCAUUUUCUGGGAAGCAAAUUCCUGAGAGACUUUCUGUUGCAUCUCGGAAUAUUUCGGAUGAUGUGGAAAAGCGGUCAAAAUAUAGAAAUCAUACUGAAACUUUUGAAAAAGAAUUGGUGAUGACAUCAGAUCAAGCAUCUAUGAAGAAUCAGCGGUUACCUAAAGGAUUUGUUUAUGUUCCCAUUCGAUCCCUUUCUAAGGACAAGGAGACUGCUCCAGAUUCAAGUUCACAAGAACCAGCAGAACAAAAUGGAAAGAUUUAA